AUGAGCACGACGCCAACAAACGUUCGUAAUUAUUUCAAAUUAGAUCUCUUGAUAGCACGUUCGCAUUUUAUACUUCGUCAAUUGUUUAAAAACCGUUAUUCUCUAUUCAACGGCGGUAAAGUAUGGGAUGACUCGUCGACAAGUGGAAGCAAUUAUUUAGCUAAUGUUAUCGCGAAAAAUAAACAGUUUAAUUUAACAACCGUGCAGAAAACAUCCGUUUCUAAUGGUGAUUCAAAAGAAUGGGAUUUAACGACGCUGACUGCUCUUCUGCUAAAUAGUGAUCGCCCAAAAGCACUAAAUAAAACUCAAAUACAACAGCUCGACAAUGAAGACAUGCUUUUAAAAGAAUUAAGAGAUAUUCGAAAUAAGUUAGCUCAUCACCCGUCAAAAUCUAUUGACGAUACUGAGUUUAAUCAGCUUUGGACUGAGCUAGCGGCAAUUCUAAUUGCAUUUGGUGCUGUCGACAAUGAACUAGAUAAACUAAAAGAUGACAGCGUAUUUGAAUCGUCUAGUCAAUCGAUAAAUGAAGAAAAUGUGAAGGAGGCAGCACGUUUAAAUUCACUGGGUACACAAGCUCACAAAGAUCGAAAAUUUUCGGACGCUAUAAUAUUAUUUACAAAAGCAACUAUCUUACCGGGUGUUUCAGAUCACGACCGUGCUGUUUUCUAUUCGAAUAUGUCUUCUAGCCGUCUAGCACUGUAUGAUCAGCAGCGAGAUACUUCAGAUAAAGAUGAAAUUGAUGAUCCAAAAGACCAACGAUAUCGUGCACUGAGAGAUGCUAAACAAGCUCGAAUUCUUUGGCCAACAUGGUGGAAAGGACAUUUCCGUGUUGGUAAAAUAUAUGCUACCUUAAAUGACCAUGACAAAGCUAUUAAUUCACUUGAACGAGCAUUAGCUCUUGCUCCUACAAACGAUGAUAUAAGGAAAGCAUUGGACGAAAGUCGACAAACAUACAGUCGACAAUCACGAUAUGAACACCUAGACCCAAGAAUAAGACCAAGAACAAUACCUGAACAAUUAAAUGAACUUCAGGAAAAAUUAGGUAUUGACCCACAAAACGUACGUAUCGCUCAUAGUUUACUAGACGAACUAGAUCCAGUUGCAGCUGACGUGGUCAAAGGACAUAAAUAUGAACACGGAGAUACUGAUGUUAAACAAGACUAUGAGCAAGCGGCUAAAUAUUUUGCUAAAGCAGCAUGUCAGGGCAACGCUGAAGGGAUGUAUAAUUUAGCUCGAUUGACCGAUCGUGGUUUAGGUGUAAAGAAAGAUCAUAAUAUGGCUCUUCAACUGCUUGAACAAGCCGCUGCACAACCACCACAAAAUCCAAAAUUUAAAGGUGUUCGGAAUCUCGGCGUAGCUGAAGCUGAACAUGCUCUAGGGCUUAGGUAUGCUGAAGGUGUUGCUGUCCACAAGAAUCUACCAACCGCUGCUUAUUGGUAUAAACGUGCUAUAGAGAAUGGUAGCGCUGAAUCAGCCAACAAUUUGGCUUUAAUGUAUGAAAAUGGAACUGGUGUCGAUAAAAAUCUUGAUAAGGCUGAACAAUUAUUUCAGCUGUCAGCUAGAGGGGGUGAUCCAAACGCUAUGCUGAGUUUAGCUGAGCACUUACUUGAUAAACAUGACUUUGAAAUGGCCAAAAUUUGGUAUGAUCGAGCUUGCGAAUCUGGUAAUAUUCUUGCUCAGAUGAGCCGAUCUAAUUUCGAAAAAGUGUUCCAAGACAAGAAGCAGUUAGUAGAUCGCUGCCCGUCUAAUGUUUUACCAGCGAUUGAUACGAUGAAAAACGUCUUCAACUCGCUAAAAAUAACAAAGACCAUCUAUACACUAUCUGAUCAACCAUAUAUCUAUGAUUAUAACAUGUUAAACGAAUAUGCUAAUGGUGGUUCAAUAACGGCUAAAAUAUUAUGUAAUGCUAUAGAGCAUUUUGCGCAAGCAUUGAACAUACUAAUACAAUCUGAAACCUUAACUGAAAAAGAAGAAGACUUAUUGAUACAUGAACUUGCAGAAUGUUAUCGUAUUGAACAUAUUGUCGCUCAAUUUCCUGGCAUAAAGAUGCGUCAAAAAAUUGAGAAAAUCGUUGACCGAGCACUUCACCGUUGCAGCGAAAAAAUAGAGACUACCACUUCGCGGCGUGACGAAGAUGCUCGAAUAUGUUAUGCUGUAUUACAUAUGGAUUCCCAUGAAUUAAUUGAUCAGUUCCUUAGUUCAUGUAAACAAAAGUAUCCAAAGUCAAUCUAUUUUUUUGACUUGAGUGCAGCAGUAAAUGGCUGGUUAAAUCGAUAUGACGCUGCUCUGUAUAAUGCUAAUGCCGGUCUAGAAAUAGAUCCAAAUUACAGCGAGUUAUUGUAUUAUAAAGCUGUUGCUUUGCGUCUGCUGAAUCAAGAUAUUAAUGAAGCAAUCGAAGCGUAUCAAGCAUUUUUUGACAAUAGCUCCGAAGGAUCAUCGUAA